AUGGCUUUGUUUUCGUUCGGAAAAAAGCCAGAAUCCUCGACUCCUCUUGGACCCCAGCAAGUUGAGCAACGAGCACAUGAUUCGGUCCACACGCCUCUGAGUUCUGUUCCAGAGCCUUCUGAUAUCAGCCAGACAUUGGACAAGAUCACUGGAAGAAGCAGCCCGCUCCGCGUCACCGAAAUUGACCCAAAACGAACCAGAACAGAAAUCGAUGUCGACAUCACUAGCUUUGUCAACCGCAAACCAGAGAAUCUCUACAUUAUUGAUGGAGAGAAGAACGUGACCAAAAGCAUCAUUUGUACCAGUGACAGCGACGGAGGCAAGACAUGUUUGAAGUUGCAAAUCAGCUCGAUCGAAUUGUUCAAGACAAUGCAGAAGUUGGAAUACUUCUGCUCGCUUCCGGAUGACAUUUCAGCUACGUAUUUCGAGUGUCGUAAGAUUCAGUAA